GCGAAUACCGUAGAAAUCAUUAGUGACGACUUAAGUCUUUGCUGUCGCCGAGUAGCAUCGGGAGUUUUGACUACUGCUCAGCGUUCUGUCAACUGGCUGUCAACUUGGGGCCCCAAUACAAAUCUCAACCGUCAACAAAUCGUUGGGUAUUAGUCGGGGCUUGCUCGCUCUUGUCAGUUGUCACUGUAUCAACGGAUGCUGCUUAAUUUUGGAUAAAUAAUGGCUUCCUCGGGCGAAUCUGAAUCCAACUAUGCCGUCUUCCGCGAGUGCGUGUCUAGUGUUAUCAUCGCAAGAAGCAACCAGCACAAACCAAACAAGGCACCCAAACGGAGAUCAAAUCGGUCGAAGAUUGCGAAAAAGAAGAGCAAUUCAGAAAAGUCUACGGAUGAAUGGAAGAAUUCCAACACAACCAGUGAUGAAACCCCAGAAGAGCUGGCUGAUUUUAUCGAUUUCAUAGCGUCCGAAAUCUUCACCACCCUCCCGGCAUCUCUCCAAUCCCUCUCCUACUCCGCAAUCCAACACUCUCCCGCCCUCUCAGAAACAUACUCCGUGCCCCUCAGCCCCUCCAGCCUCGAAUCCCUGUCCAACCCCAUCCCAAGCACUGUAACAGACACACUAUCCACGUACACCCCCGAUCUUGAGUCCCCCUCGCUCCUCAACAAAGCCCUAACCGAAUACAUCCCAUCCGUAACACGCCCACCGCCAGUUUGGGUAAGCACGCGCGCCGAGGCCUGCGAAAUCUGUGAGCGCGACUGGAUCCCACUCUCCUAUCACCAUCUCAUUCCGAGGGGCGUGCAUGACAAGGUCAUAAAGAAGGGGUGGCAUGACGAGUGGAUGCUGAACAGUGUUGCUUGGCUGUGCCGGGCUUGCCAUAGUUUUGUGCACCGCAUGGCGAGUAAUGAGGAGUUGGCGAGGGAGUGGUUUACUGUGGAGAGGAUUUUAGAGAGAGAAGAUGUGAGGGACUGGGCGAAAUGGGUAGGGAGGGUUCGGUGGAAGGCUAGAUAAGUGGCUUUUACAUUCUUAUAUAUGUUACGUGCUGGACAUAGGAUUGUAGUAUAAUACGUUGUCAUGAGAAAGAUAUAGACCUUCUAUAUUAAUUCAUGGUAUCCGUGACAGUAGUGUUGCUAUAAUAGUACAAAGGGUUUGUAAUCAAACACCCAAAAAGUAGUAGGGAUAUAUGCUUUAUACAAGAGU